AUGACCCCCCUCGAGCAAAUCCCCUGGAUCGCCGCCCUCCUCACCAACCCAUCCUACGAGACCUCCCCCCUCCACGACAACCUCCUCCCCAAAGCUCUCAAUACCCCCGAUGCAAUCCCAUACUGUAUCCUACAGAGUCGUGUGCCUCCUCACUCAUCCCAAGCUACAUCCCCGACCCUAGAACCAACCCACGAACUACGCCUGUUCGCCUCCUUGGGACAAGAUGUCGCAGGCCACUCGGGUGUCCUACACGGCGGCGUGGUAGCCAGCUUGCUAGACUCGGUAAUGGGGUUGGUAUUGGCUUCCCGCGGGCAGGCCUGCAUGACUGCCUCGUUGAAUGUGCGGUUUCGACGGCCUGUCCCGGCGCCUGGGGCUGUUGUUGUGCAGUCAUGGGUGAAGGAGGAGCGGGCGGGGAGGUGGAUCGUGCUGGGGGAGAUUGUGGAUCAAACGGGGAAGGUCCUGGCUGGGGCGGAGGGGAUGUUUGUGGGCGUGACAGGGAGGCCGAGUAGAGUUUGA